AUGACCAACGGACCGGCGUAUCCCUUCCCAUACUAUACGGUGACCAUCGGCCGCAAGGAGGAGGCGAUUGAUUCGACUCAAGUCCAAGGGGAGGAAGAAGGGGAUGAUGCUUCGACUACCAGCGGUAGUUGCGACGAUCGUCGUCCUGGGCUGUGCAAGCAUGCUGCUCUAGUGGCUCGGUUGCUGCUCUUACCCACAAGCGACCCACAACCGCCUCGUGUUGGGGUUUGCGUACGGCGGCGGACCCUGGUAGAUGAUGAGGAGAAGGAGACCAGUCCUGAGGGCGGGUACAAGACGUCAGAGUCAGCGGCCCGGUUAUCAACAGCAGCUUCGGCAGUGGAGGAAAGGUAG